CUGUGUUACCAGACAAACCUACAAACCUCACUGUCGCUAACAUCACGUCUAGAAGUGCCGAAAUAUCUUGGCUAGAUCCAAAAUAUCCAGGAAUAUUUAAUCUGUCACGCUUCUGGAUUAAACUGAAGAAAAAUAAUUCUCUAAUCCUGGCCAUUACCACAGGAAAAGUGAAUGGAUAUAAAAUAAAUAAUCUCAUUCCGUAUACUACAUAUGAGAUAUCUGUAGCUGCUGGAAAUUUUCCUGGGUUUGGUGAAGAGACUAUUACUUCGUUCUUAACAUCAGAAGAAGGUAAGUUUUAAAAAGAUGAGUAUAAAACAUAUUCAAACGUGCAUGCUUAAUUCAACACUGCAAGGCUGUAUAUUGUGCUGAGAACAUUUAACAAUUUGGAUGUUUUUUUAGUUUUUAUAGUCUUUUCCAGAUGGCUUAAUUCGAAAUGCUGUUGUCCACAACGCAUAAUAUGAACUUAAACCUUAAGAAACUUACUCUGAGUUUGUUUUACAGAUUUUUCUUAUUUCUUUUAUAAAACUAUGUAUGCUUACCGUGUUCUUGCUCUCUAUUCUGGUUUAAGUAAAUAAGUGUAAUCCCGAAACAACGGGAAAACGUUUCGAUAUCUACAGGAGUGAAUGCAGUCACAACAUUGGCUCCUUAUGCAGGCCUAAAAUGUUUACUUAAGUUACGUAAAAUCUAAAUAAAACCUCUGUUUCAUAUACAUUUUAGCUCCAAGCGGUCCUGCAUUAGACAUCAAAACAAUAUCAAGAAGUGCAUCGUCAUUGUCUUUGAUUUGGGACCCUCCUGAAACAACUAAGCAAAAUGGCGUCAUUAUCAGUUACACAGCAUGUAUUUCACUGUCAGAAAAUGGUCCCUGCUUUCAGACAUUUAUUACAAGUAAAAGAGAGUGGCUCGUCGGAAAUUUGAAUGCAUCAACAAAAUAUUACGUUCGUGUUCUUGCAAGUACUAAAGUCGGUCAUGGAAAGUCCAGUGAAAGUGAAGGAUUCUUUACGAAUGGAAGUAAGUACAUGAAACUGUACAUGUCGAGAUAUGUCUCUUCUUAGUAUUGUGUUCCAAAUUUCCCAUUUCUCACACAGCCUGCAAAAUCCAAAAUUCUUUGGAAGAAAAAAAUUCUUGUUUCAAGCUAGACAUGGCUUCAAAUUAGAUAUCAAGUAAACUCUGUCUUACCAAGCAAAAGAGUUUACCUAAAACAAGUACUUAGUGAUUAUACUUAGUACAGAGUAUAGGAUAAUUUAUUUGAAAACGAAUUACGAAUAAGUAAUAUCCCAAGACAUUCAUACUGUAUAUAAUAAUUCAUAUGUUUCCAAGAGCGACAAACUUCAAUCGUUCAGGUGCAGAUUUUGACUGUGUUAUAUAAUUAGUAGACAGUUUAUGUAUUCAAUUUUGAUAAACGUAAGGGGGAAUACCGUUAAUCAUUAUAUCAAUAAGUCUUGUUUUAUAUAAUUAAAAAAGAUGUAUUAGCCUAAUCGCUCAUGCAUUGUAUUGAAUUACAAAUGUCCAUGGUUAAAUGUCCCGCAUGGAAAAAUUUCCAGAAAUCUUUGUUAAUAUAUGUAUUUGACCAGGACUUCUUUAAUAAGAAUAGGUGAAAACAGAUACAGUUUUGAAAAGAGAACUUAGCUUGAAACAAGUAAAUUAUCCUCGCUUUUUUACUAGAUUUAAAUAAUAACAUGCUUAAGUAAAACUAGUUCUAGAUCUUGAAAUAGGAAUUGAAAAACUCAUUUCAAGGACUAAAUUCCUUGUUAUGAAAAAUAUUCUUGACAAAUAUUUUAAUUCUUGGUAAGUAAAAACAUAUAAAUAUUUUCUUACUAUAGAUUGAAGUAAUAAUAUAUCCUUAAAACUAGUAAUUAUUUUCUUGAAAUAAGAAUUAACAUCCAAUCAAUUUUAAGAAAAAUUGUGAUAUGGCAAAUGAGCAAAAACAAAAAAUUUACAUAUGUCGAUCAUGAAUGAUUUAAAAUUAAGCAAUUUUUUGCGCAUAAAAACAAACUAAUAUGGAUAGCUACAGUAAACUAUCAAAGAAUUGCGAAGUUUCAAAUUUCACAAAUAGUAACAGGCAAACUAAGAACACAAUCUUCUAUCAAAUAUGGUCAAAACGCCAACAAAAGCAAAUUUAAAGCGUCAGGGAUCGUCCCCUAUUGUAUUCCAAUUUUAAACGCACAAAACUGCAUCAAAACUCUUUCAAAUCACUCGUAAAACCUACAACAUCUUUAUACUUACUUGUGUUGUCUCUUAUUCGUUUUUUAUGUCUUCAUUUCUUUAUCGAUUUUCCAGGAUUUAUAUUUUUGAACGUAUAAAAUAUAAUUUAACAAAACCUCAUCUUGUUCGCUUAUUGUCGCUAUGCUACAGCCUACAGCACUCAGGGAGCUACCGGAGGUGUGUCUUUUGCAAACAAAAACGUUUCCGGUUUACGAAAAUGUUUAAGAUUUCAAAAUGAAUAUAAUAAAGUGGAAAUUGAACUGAGUGGAGUGCAAUUUUGGACUGAAAUCAAACUCAGUGUGAUUACAAAUCACGCUCCCCCUUCGCGGACGUGCGAUUUUGUAAUCACGCGUUUGAUUUCAGUCCAAAUUGCACUCCACUCAGUUCAGUUACCAUUAUUAAAAGCACGACUUAAUUCGUUCUAUUACUAAUUAAUUAUUUAUCUGGUUCGGUGUCUUCAGCUGCAAGAACAGAUAGCUCAUUUUCGUCAGAAAAUAUAUAAUUUAAAAGGUCAAAAUUUUCAAAAUUUGUGAAUUCCUCCAUUUUCAGAAUUUUUACAGCAAUAAAGAAAAUAAAAGUUCAAAGUUUGCAUCCUGAAUGCUGAUUGGCUAGUUGUAAAUACUUACUAGACUGAUUUUCAUUGGCUGUAGAUAAGGGUGCGAUUACAGCUCAGAAAAGGUGCGAUUAAUGCUCAAAUCGCACUCCUGUAAACCAAUGAAAUUGCAGUAUUUACCACUGAUGACAGAAGAAAAAUAAUUAAUGAAAUAUUUGCACUCCUCUUAACCAAUCGGAUUGCAGUAAUUUUUUCAUGUAUAUAAUAAUACAAAAAAUAUCAUGUUGACAUUGUGAUAAACGAGAUAGAACUAUUUUUUGUCAAAAACAUGAUAGCCUGGCACAGUUUUGAAACAAAGACAAUUGUUGUUCUAUAAAAGCUUCAGUGGGUGUAUAUAUACUUCUGCAAUUAGUAAAUAUUUGUUUAACAAGGACAAAAAAUCUUACAAGGACAAAAAAUCUAAAACUAUUUCACAUUGUUAACCAUGUCUUGGUGACAACAGCCGCGACCAAAUCAGUCGGAAAACAGUCCAUACACUUUAAGAAAAAAAAUAUUUGAAACAACCAGUGCAGAUCUAAGUGAACUUAUUUUUUGCUUUUUUUCUCCAAUUUAUUUUUACAGAGUGACAACAUAAUGAUUGUAACAACAAAAUAACGUGCAGCACUAAAACAUCGCUACAAUUUGAAAAACCUACACAGAACCAUAUAUAUACUAACAAAUUAAUCUUACAUUUUGAUCACAGUCCACAUUUUUCGACAGGGUCAGCAGAAAGGGCCAUGGCUGAAACAUUAAAUACACUUACAUUUUCAUUGGAAAUUCCAUCAAAAUCGUUUGUGUAAGUAUAUUUCACUUUUUCGUGGUGUUGCAGAUAAAUAGUUGGUAUUGUUAGGUUUAUAUUAAAAAGGCUGCUUUCGAUUUAUAGAUAUUUCUACGUUGUGGCUCUGAGAUUGAAAGACGGCAAAGAACCUGCAUCAUCUGACAAUUACGAAGAUGAAGAGUUAGUGACGUAUGAUACGGCAGAAAAAUCAACCUACCUGAAACCUUAUGUCACUGCAGUAGUCAGACCCAGCGGUAAUAAUGGAAGCAUGUUUAUACUUGGUGAUGGCAGAAAUACAGAUGAUCCAACUUCACGAACUACUAGUGAUUAUUUUAAUGGUCCCCUGAAGCCUGGCUCUAGUUAUAGUAUUUUUCAAAGGAUUAUUAUCAAUGAAAAGGUAUGA